AUGCCGAAGGCUCUGCGGGGGACAUUUGAGAAAUGCGCGAGGAAAUAUGCAAGGCUCUGUGAGGCACCGAGCCGUGAUGGUGUUUUCUUUUCGCCUGUGCCUCGCCCACUACCUUGCAGCAGCGGGAGUAGUCGGGUCGGCAGAACACUUUUCACACUUUGGCGUGGACUGUUGGAAAGCUACCAGGUCACAUCAACCGCUGUCGAUGUCAACGGUGCCAACAACGGGAUUUCAUUUGUUGUGCCUGAGCAAUGCAAGCCAGCGGAGCAGGCAAGCGCCUCAUCGUUGGAUUUUUUCACAGACGACAAUGAACAAUGGCAGGGCAUUUUUGGACCUCAUUCCUCGAUAGAGACGAUGAUCUUUUUUCUUCACUACAGCUUUGUCGGCGUGGAUGCCGCCGCCUGGGUGAUCGCGUUUUGUAUUCUUGACAAGCUUCAACUUCGACACUCCGUUGAGAAACGCAUGGGGCGACGUUGUACUUUACAGAGAAAUAUUCCAUUCCGUCUUUACCUGGGCAAUUGCUGGAGAAACCUUUUUGUUGCCUUUUCCCUGGCACUCAAGUGGCACACAGACUACCACAUCACUCUUAACUACUUGGUGUCUCUACUGCCGUCCAAUUCACACGAUCAUUCGUCUUUGCGUGGGGUUUGCGCUCAGACGGAGUGGGACAUGUGCCACUCUUUGAACUAUGAUGUAUCUAUCCGGCCAGCCGAGUUGCUGCAGCUCCUGGAGGACUUUCUCACCUUGGAAGAACGGGAAUGCAUUAUGCGCUCCAUCACCCAUGGAACAAGGCUGGGAAGCUUCUUUUCGUGA